AUAUGUAGAGAGAGUCCCGUCACAAAGGGGUCCCUGAUACCACACGAUGAUGUUAAGAUUUUUAGAUUGUACUCGUUAAAUACUUCAACAAAAUAAAAAAGAAGACAAUAAUUUUUGGGCCCCCGAAGUAAAGUUCAACCUAUCCUUCUUUAUGGGCUAUGACCCACGCUCCCUAAUUAUUUAUUAUCCUACUCCUCUAUAUGGACCAAGGCCUCCCUUGGCAGAUAUUUAUUUCUUGAUUCUUUCUAUGAGCCUGACUGAAUCUGACUGAAUCAUAAUGACUGAUGAACAAUUACCCCAAGAGGUAACUAAACAUAGUUUCCGACAGAAAGUAUGGGACUAUUUAAUGAAGAAUGAUUUAGUAAACUUUCCUCUUGUUGUAUAUGACCGGAUACCAAAUUUCAAAGGUGCUGCUGAGGCAGCAUUACGUACAGCAGAAUUGGAAGAGUUUAAAAAGGCCAAAGUUAUAAAGAUAAAUCCAGACAAACCACAAGAACCUAUUAGAUUCAUAGCGUUAGAAGCUAACAAAGAAAUAUUGGUGCCAAUUCCUAGAUUAAGAUCUGGGCUGUUUCUUCAUAUUACACCAGUUGCUGGAGCUACAAAACAUGAACUAAGAAAUCUAUCCAAAAUUCAUGGUUUAUUGGAAGCUGGUAAACCACUUGGUGUAGACUCCAAAAUACAUGUAGAUUUAGUGAUACUAGGAUCUGUAUGUGUUAGCCAUGAUGGAUACAGACUAGGCAAAGGUAAAGGUUUUGCUGAUUUGGAAUAUGCCAUAAUGACAAGAAUGGGUGCAAUUACACAAGAUACUAUAGUUAUUACAGCAGUGCAUGAUUGCCAAGUAUUUGAUAGGCUGCCACCUGAAUUAUUUAAAGAAUAUGAUGUACCUGUUGAUAUCAUUGUUACACCUACUCAGACAAUAGUAGUAAAUCCAAGAUUGAAAAAACCUAACGGCAUUAUAUGGUCUAUGCUUAGCGAGAGAAGGGUGAAAUCCAUGCAGGUGUUGCAGCAACUUAAAGAGAUGGAUGAGAAAGAUGGCAAAAUAGUAACUUUGAAGGAGGAGGACUCUGAUACGGAAACACAAAAACCGUACCGAAAUCGGUCGAAUCCUUUAAGGAAUAAUAAACGUUUCAAACCAAGGAAAAAUGUCCCUGGUGUUAAUGAUUUCAAUGAAGAAGGAGAGAAACAAUGUACAAUAAAAGGACGUUCUCCUAAAAAACGUACGCUUGGUAAUAUCAAAUCAGGAACCGACAAUAAUUUAGUCGCUAAUGAAGUUGAAGAAAAAGUCGAGAACAAUGAUAGAAAUACUCAGCGUCGAAAAAAUUUGAGACUGAGAUCUAAAUCGCAGGUUGCGUUUUCUCUAAAGUUAUCGAAUAUUUCAUCUAGCGCGAGGAUACGUGAUUUGAAAAAUGCUCUGUUAGAGCGUGGCGUUAAACCAAAUGAAAUAACCUGGCUAGGCUAUCGCGGAAUUUGUUAUCUUCAUUUUAACAAGCUCAGAGAGAAGAACAGUUUGCCAGAACAACCGAUACAGGUCGAUUCGAUAAUGACAAAUUUGCAACAGUUGUGUAUUGGCGAGCCUACCGGCAAAGAGGACGAUUUCAUAAUCGUAGAACCUGCUAAACCGAUAUCCAGGAUAGAAGUCACGGAUGUGUCUUCGGUUUAAAAAGUAUUUAAACUUUUCUUUUAUAGUACAAUUUGUGUGAUUAUUCUUAUGGAGAUAGCUGGGUUCCAUAACAUAAUGAUUACUUCCUAGUUUUCAAACUUAUACAAGUAAUCUACGAUGUAUCCACCUUAAGUGCAAAAUAAUCUCAUAAUUUAUAACAACGUACUAUAUUUCUACAGUUGAAAUACUCUUCGGUAAGAAUUGCAUGCGCGUUAGAAUCAGUCGAUCGAUAAGCUAUAGUUUUUAAUAAUUCAGAUACGUCUACUGUGAUCACGUAACAAAUAUUUAACGAUAAAAGAAAUUAAUUUAAAUAACUCUUGCCAAAAUAUAAAAAGUAAUAUGUAAAAUGUAUAUGUAUAUAACAUUCGAUGAUAUUUAUCUAACAUUGCAGACUGAUAAUAGUAUAGUCAACCCUUAAGUAAUAUUCGAAGCGAGUGAAAGUAAAAUAGCAUCUUCUAUUUGCAUAUUGGAUAUUCUAUUUUUCUGAGAGAAUAUUUUCACAGAGAUUAGAUAGAAAUAAUGUAUAACUUUUGUGUCGCUGUACCUUAUAGUCAUUUGUUGAAUCUGAGAUUAGAUAAUUCGUGUGUUACUUUAAUAAUAGCAAUAUUUUGUGAUAUGAACAUAGUGAACCAGUCUUAAAAAACAAAGAUAUUUAAUGUUGAUAAUUUUAUUAUUACCGCAAGGUAGGAGAAAAAAUUAAUUUUCUUUUUGUAUCAUUAUUUUACCCUUAUAGUUUUAAAAAUCCGCUGGUCGAAUUAUUUUCUGUACUUGAUGUAAGGAAA